UUCUACAACGCCAAUGGGUGACACAGCGUAAUAUAUGGUUUAUGAUUUUUUUAUCAUUCAGUAGCAGAACAGUGUCAUUCAUAAUGUCAUAAAUAUUAGUUACUAAGCGAAGCAUUUUGCUUUAGAAUUAAGUUUCAUUGGUUCAUUAAUAUGAUUGAAUCAUCAUACAGGAAGCUAUUAAAAAAAAAAAAUGUGAUGUAAGGGAUGUAAGGAUAACCUCCAACAGCAUGGCCGUAAAAGAAAGCAGUUUAUGCAAAUGCACAAUAUAAUAUGGCCAAGAUUUUUGUCAGUACUUGCACCCAAAGUGGCCACUCAAGAUGUCAAGAAACCUAAGACUGGCAUAAUAAUGUUGAAUAUGGGUGGGCCAGCAACGAAAGAUGAAGUUCAUAAUUAUUUAUUGCGCAUUAUGACAGACACAGACAUGAUACAGUUGCCAGUACAAAGUACUCUGGGCCCAUUAAUAGCCAAAAGGAGGACACCUGAGGUUCAGAAGAAGUAUGAUGAAAUUGGUGGAGGCUCACCAAUACUAAAAUGGACAGAACGACAGGGAGAACUAUUGUGCCAAAAGCUGGAUGAAUUAUCACCAGAGACUGGACCACAUAAAUAUUAUGUUGCAUUCCGUUAUGCCAGUCCGCUCACUGAGGACACUUUGGAUCUGAUAGAAAAAGAUGGGGUGGAACGUGCAGUGAUAUUCUCCCAGUAUCCUCAGUACAGCUGUGCCACCACUGGUUCUAGUUUCAAUGCAAUAUACAAAUAUUAUAGAUCUAGAAAGUUACCUGCUGGAGUUAAAUGGAGCAUUAUUGAUCGAUGGGCUACACAUCCAUUGCUAGCAAAGACUGUUGCUGACAGAAUAAGAACAGAACUCAUUAAGUUUCCAGAUGAAGUUAAGAAUGAUGUCAUUAUUAUGUUCUCUGCACAUUCAUUGCCUCUCAAGGCUGUGAAUCGAGGAGACUCAUAUCCAUGGGAAGUGGGUGCUACUGUACAAGCUGUGAUGGAGGAGCUGGGCUACAGUAAUCCAUACAGUUUGGUAUGGCAGUCAAAAGUAGGACCUCUCCCUUGGUUACAACCAUCCACUGAUGAAGCUCUGAAAGGUUUUGUUAAACAGGGAAAGAAGAACUUCAUACUUGUUCCAAUUGCAUUUGUGAAUGAACACAUCGAAACACUUCAUGAGUUGGACAUAGAAUAUUGUAAUGAUCUGGCAAAAGAGAUUGGUGUUGAAAUGAUUCGCCGGGCUGCAGCACCCAAUGAUCACCCACUCUUUAUUGAUGCUCUUACUGAUCUGGUUAAAACUCACUUGCAUAAUAACCAACCAAUAAGUCCUAAAUUUCUUACAAGAUGUCCACACUGUACAAACGCUCGCUGUCAGCAAACCAAAUCAUGGUUUGCAAAACUUUGCAUCUAACUAUGUAUUAGGUGUGAAUAUUUUUAACUCUCUUUUAGUAUAGAUUAUAUAUUUGUUUACAAGAUAUUUAAGAAGAAAAUUAUUAAGUAAAAAUAUGUAUAAGGCCUGCUGUCAAAACUUUUGGUUGUAGCAGAUGAAAUACACAAUUUGAUGACAUUUGGUCCUAAUGUUAGAGGGCUAUUGGCGUACAGCAUUUAUUUCAAUGGCAGAUGGACAUUUAUACAAUAUGACAGGAAUGAAAACCAUGGCCACUUUCUGCCUGCUUGAAAGUUCUGGUCUCUGUAAUAUCAGUAUCUUUGACUGUUAGCAGUUGGUUUUGGUAAGUUGACUGAUAUAACUCUUUAUGAAGUUGCUUCAUUUUUAUUGUAAUUUUUAUUUUAUACACUUAAUUUUUGCAGGAUUUUGUUUCAUUUCA